AGCUGCGCUGAAUUCUGUGGGGGUGGGGGCUUGUUGCUGGCCAGGGUCGACAGAACAUGUUCAUUUCCACUACAAUUUAUACUGGGGAAAUGAGAGUAUAAGGCGCGUGAUGAAGAUGUGCUUGAAACUACAGUCUUGUAUCUGAUGUCUCGUCUACUCCUGCCCCGUGUUGCUCACUUUGUCAUCAGUAUCCGUUACAUGCCCCUCUCCCCUCCCUCCAGCCGACCUGUUGGCGGUGACUCUUCAUUAGAGAGCAGCAGUUUGAACAGAAUUGCCGUCGGAUCUGUCAAUCGGACGGUAAUUGGAGCUGAGAGGAGGAAGUGGUGAGGUGCGACAGUCGCUGGCGGGACGCCGCGGGGCCAGGAGGAAUGAGAGAGCACUGCCAGACAGUAAAUGUCCAGUUAGACAAGGCCGGCCCUUUGGGAAGCUUCGAGCGAUUGCGGGACGGUGGCAACAACCCGUGAGAGCAGCGCCGGACAAUGGGGAGCAGGGACAAGUAUCACUGGCAGAGCCACAAUGUCAAGCAGAGUGGCGUGGACGACAUGGUACUUCUGUCUAAGAUCACGGAGGAUGCUAUCGUGGAGAAUCUUAAGAAACGCUACUUGGAUGACUAUAUCUUUACCUACAUCGGUACAGUGCUCAUCUCAAUCAAUCCUUUCAAACAGAUGCCUUAUUUCACCGACAGAGAAGUUGAAAUUUAUCAAGGAGCUGCUCAGUAUGAAAAUCCGCCUCAUAUUUACGCUCUUACAGACAAUAUGUACAGGAACAUGUUGAUCGAUGCAGAGAACCAGUGUGUUAUAAUCAGUGGUGAGAGUGGAGCUGGAAAAACAGUGGCUGCAAAAUAUAUCAUGGGUUACGUCUCCAAAGUAUCAGGAGGAGGAUCGAAGGUUCAGCACGUAAAAGAUAUCAUCCUGCAGUCAAACCCUCUACUUGAAGCCUUUGGAAAUGCUAAGACCGUACGAAACAACAACUCCAGUCGAUUUGGAAAAUACGUUGAAAUUCAGUUCAGUCGUGGUGGUGAGCCGGAUGGUGGAAAGAUUUCAAACUUUCUUCUGGAGAAAUCCCGGGUUGUCAAUCAGAAUGAGAAUGAGAGGAAUUUCCACAUCUACUACCAGCUGCUGGAAGGUGCGUCCCGGGAGCAGAUUGAAAACCUGGGCAUUGCUGAUCCUACGUAUUACUUCUACUUAAACCAGUCAGGGACUUACAAGGUGGAUGGAACAGAUGACAAGAAAGAGUUUGCGGAAACGAUGAAUGCCAUGCAGGUCAUCGGUAUUCCAUCCGAGGUUCAAGUCAUUGUGCUGCACAUUGUUGCUGGAAUUCUGCACCUCGGGAACAUCAGUUUUAUGGAAGUUGGAAAUUAUGCAGAAGUGGAGAACGAAGCUCACUUGGCCUUCCCGGCGUUCCUACUGGGAAUUAACGAGAUGAAACUGAGAGAGAAGGUGACAAGUAGAAAGAUGGACAGCAAAUGGGGAGGCAAGACGGAGUCCAUCAACAUGACCCUGAAUGUGCAGCAGGCCGGAUAUACCCGGGAUGCCUUGGCUAAAGCUCUCUAUGCUCGACUCUUUGACUAUCUGGUGGAUGCUGUCAACAAAGCUAUGCAGAAACCCCACGAGGAAUACAGUAUAGGAGUGCUGGACAUUUACGGCUUUGAAAUUUUCCAGAGAAAUGGGUUUGAACAGUUCUGCAUUAAUUUUGUAAAUGAGAAGCUUCAGCAGAUUUUCAUUGAAUUAACUCUGAAAGCUGAACAGGAAGAAUAUGUACAGGAGGGGAUAAAGUGGACCCCCAUUGAGUACUUCAAUAACAAAGUUGUCUGUGAUCUUAUCGAAAACAAGAGUCCGCCUGGAAUUAUGUGUGUCCUGGAUGAUGUCUGUGCCACGAUGCACGCCACGGGAGAGGGGGCCGACUCCACGUUACUGCAGAAGCUCCAGGCCGCGGUGGGAGGUCACAAUCACUUCAACAGCUAUAACCAAGGGUUCAUAAUCCACCACUACGCCGGGAAGGUAUCCUAUGAUGUAAACGGAUGUUGUGAGCGCAACAGAGAUGUCCUCUUCACCGACUUGAUUGAGCUGAUGCAGAGCAGUGAACACCGUUUCAUUCAAUCGCUGUUUCCAGAUAAUCUACAAAAUGAGAAGAAAGGCAGACCCACCACAGCAAGCACAAAGAUCAAGAAACAAGCAAAUGACCUGGUAAGCAGGUUAAUGAAGUGUACUCCACAUUACAUCCGUUGUAUAAAACCCAACGAGACCAAGAAACCAAGGGACUGGGAGGAGAGCAGGGCAAAACAUCAAGUUGAAUACCUGGGACUGAAGGAGAAUAUUCGAGUGCGGAGAGCUGGAUUUGCCUUCAGAAGGGCUUUCCCAAAAUUCAUACAGAGGUAUGCCAUCCUCACACCAGAGACCUGGCCCCGUUGGAGUGGCGAUGAACGUCAAGGUACUCAACAUUUGCUGCGUUCUGUCAACAUGGACUCCGACCAGUACCAGAUGGGCAAAAAUAAAAUAUUCAUCAAGAACCCAGAAUCACUUUUCCUUUUGGAGGAAAUGAGAGAACGGAAGUUUGAUAGAUUCGCUCGUGUCAUCCAGAAAGCAUGGAGGAAGUACAUAGCAUGGAGAAAGUAUGAAGAGAUGAGAGAAGAAGCCUCCAGCAUCCUUUACAACUUCAAAGAGAGACGGCGGAACAGUAUUAACCGAAACUUUGUCGGUGACUACCUCGGCAUUGAAGACAGACCAGAACUGCAGCAGUUCCUUGGCAAACGGGAAAGAGUCGAUUUUGCAGACUCUGUCACUAAAUUUGAUCGAAGAUUUAAGGGAAUAAAGCGUGACCUUAUAUUAUCUCCUAAAUAUAUUUAUCUAAUUGGUCGAGAAAAAGUCAAGAAAGGACCUGAAAAAGGUCAAAUCAAGGAGAUUCUGAAGAGGAAGAUUGAUAUCCAGAACAUCACUGGUGUGUCAUUGAGCACCAAGCAAGAUGACUUCCUUGUCCUGCACGAACCAGAGUACGACAGCCUCCUGGAGUCCAUUUUUAAGACUGAGCUCCUCAGUCUCCUGUGCAAGCGAACUGAAGAGCUCACCCAUCAAAAAUUAAAGCUCAAUUUUUCUGACACCAUACAAUUCAAAAUCAAGAAGGAAGGGUGGGGAGGAGGUGGCUCUCGAAACAUUGUCUUCAGCAGAGGCCAGGGAGAGCUGGUAACAAUGAAACCUGCUGGAAAGGCGCUUACCAUUACUAUUGGAGACGGACUACCCAAGAAUUCCAAGCCAACGAAGAAAGGUGUUCCACAGAACCGAGGGUUUGGGAAAAUCUCUCCUGCCAGGUCUGCUCCCCCAGCACCAUCAGGACGGUGCGGUAAUGGUGCACCUCGAUUCUCACGCGACUCUCAGAUGAGUCGGGAACAAAUGUAUUCCAAGCCCAUGAAAAACCCGGCAAAGUCACGAAUCGGUUUGGAAAUGCCUUCGCUGCCAAAACAAGGCGCUACAACCAAAGCAAGAAAGUCCGUAAACAUCAAUGCUAACAUGGAGUUCAUGAAGGUACCUGAUGAAGGAGUUGCAGGAAUCCAAAGAAGACGCAGCAUAUCUCAAAGACCCCUGCCAGCAGUGGGGCGCCCUAAACCACAGCCGCGGACCCCCAAGUGUCGGGCACUUUAUCAGUACACUGGUCAGGACAUGGAUGAACUCAGCUUUGAUGUCAAUGAUGUCAUGGAUCUCCUAUUGGAAGAUCCAUCGGGAUGGUGGAAGGGCCGUUUACGUGGAAAAGAAGGACUUUUUCCAGGAAACUAUGUGGAGAAGAUUUGAACUGUCCCAGGUCUGGGCUCAAAUAGUACUGUACUGAUCAUCAGAAACUCAAGUGUACUGAUCGGACAUGGACGUCAGAAUGUCCACAUGUGGGACAACCCACCAUUACAUAAGUUUCUGUUUCAAUGUACAAUCUUGCCACAUUUUCCAAUUAGAGUUGUUUAGAGAUCUGCUAAAACUGGGAUUCAGUGGUCACAUUUCAGAUCUGCUUUAAUAACUAAACUGGCGACGGCAAUGAAGAAAUGUUUUUGACCAAAGGUUUAUUUUAUUACCAUUCAAUCCAGAUGGGUUUUAUAAUUUUCAUAAAAAGCAAAGCUUGACUAAAAUCACUGAGUUUUCAUAAAUUAUUUGUUUUAACUGUUGCUUUUUGCAAAAUAAGACAACGGGUCUUAAGAUGUUUUUAAAUUCAUUCCAGGGAUGCGGGCUUUACAAAUUGUACCAGCAUUUAAUGGCCCACCCCAGUUGCCUUUAGAAAUUGUAGUGAUGAGCUGCCUUCAUGAACCACUGCAGUCCUUGGGUAUGGGUACACUCAUGGUGCUUUUCUUGAUUGAGUUCCAGGAUCUUGAACCAGUGGUGAUGAAGGAACAGUGAUAUAUUUCUGAAUCAAGACAGUGUGUGGCUUGGAGGGCAACUUCCCCUGGUGGUGUUCACUGUACGUUUGUUGCCCUGGUCUUUCUAGCAGGUAGAGGGGGAAGGUUUGAAAGAUGGUAUCUAGGGAGUCUUUGUGAGUUGUUUCAGUGCAUCCUGUAGAUGGUACAAACUGCUGCUGCUGUGUGAUGGUGGAGUGAGGGAAUGUUUGUGGACAAGUUGCCUAUCGAGCGGGCUGUGUGUUGUCGAGCUUCGUGAAUUCUGUUGUAGCUGCACUCACCCAGGCAAGUGGAAUGUAUUCCAUCUCACUCCUGACCUGAACCUUGCCUGGUGGUCAGACUGUGAGGGUGAGGAGGUGAGUUAUUCACCACAAGAAUCCCAGCUUCAGACCUUCCUUGUGGCUGCUCUAUGUAUAUUUUACUCAGCUCAGUUUCCGGUCACUGGUGGGUGGUGCCAGCUUAUUGAUAGUGGGGGAUUCAAUGAUGGUGAUGCCACUUAACUGUGAGAGACUGAUGGCUGGAUUUUCUCCAGUUGUAUAUCGCACUGCCUGCCACUGUGUGAUAUGAAUGUUAUUUACCUCCAGGCCUGGAUAUUGCCCAGGCCUUGCUGCAUUUGGGUAUAAGCUGCUUCAUUAUCUGAGGAGUGGUGAAUAGUGCUGAACAUCGUGCAAUCAUCAGCAAACAUCACAAUUUUGGACAUUGAAGUCCUGCAGAGAUGUCCUGUGGCUGAGAUGAGUGCCCCACCCCAGCCACCACAGGCAUCUUCCUUGGUGCUUUUAAGCUGUGAUUCCAAUUAGCAGAAGUUUUCCCCAUUCCCAUUGAUUCCACUGCAUUGGCUCCUUGAUGCCACGCAGUCAAACGCUACCUAGAUGACAAUCGCUCUCAUUCCACCACUGAAGUUCAGCUCCUCCUCCAUGUAUGGGGCAAGGCUGUGAUGAGGUCGGGUGACUAUGGUGGAACUCAGACUGAGCCUCUGUGAGCAGGGUGUUGCUGAGCUGGUGCUGGUCAACAGCACCAUCGACAAUCCAUUCCAGCACUCUGCGGUGAUCGAGUGUAGACUAAUGGGGCAGUCAUCGUCCAGGUUGGCUUUGCCCUGCUUCUUGUGGACGGAACACACCCAGGCUCCUUUCCAUUGUCGGCGAGAUGCCAACGUUGUGGUUGUAUGGGGACGGUUUGGCCAAGGCAUGGCAAGUCUCAGAGCACAAUUCUUCAGCACUGUUGCCUGAAUGUGUCAGGUCCCACAGCAUUUGCUGCAUCCAAUGCCUUCAGCUGUCUUGUGGGGUGGAUCACACUGAUAUCAUUCAGAUAUCCCGCGGAGUGGAUCGCACUGGCUGAAGACUGGUUUCAAUCGUGGAGACCACUGGGGGAGACCGAGAUGGAUCCUCCACUGGCACCACUGGCUGGAGGUUCUCACAGAUGCUUCUGCUUUCUCUGCUGUUCUGAAGUGCAGGCUCCCCGUCGAUCACAGGGGAUGGGGAUAUUGUGGAGACUCCUCCAGCAAGAUGUUUAGUUGUCCGCCACCAUUCACCACUGGCUGUGGCAGGACCGCAGAGCUUAAAUCUGAUCCAUUGAUUGUGGGAUUGCAUAUCUCUGUCCAUUGCACACUGCCAAGUAGGAUGGUGACAGUGUCUCAAGAGAAAAUGUACUGUCUGAGUGAUAUUAAUUAUGUGGCACUUAUUGGGCCUAAUGAAGCCUAUUUAGUAUCAACACUUUUCUAGUCAUUUCCUAUUUAAAGAAGGGCUGAUGCAACAUGAGUUUCAAGCAGAAGUAAUCAACAUGUUUUACGUUUCAUUUAGGGAAACUUCCUCAAGACCUCACUCGACAUACUGUGUUUUAUUGCUGCGGCAUAGAUGCCCCUGGACACCAUCAUCUGUAAACAUAAGGCAGACGUCCAUGUGUAGCAGAUAAUGCCCCACUCUACCUCAGUAUCACUGCUCCUGACCUGUCACACUGCAGUCUGGCAUCCAGCACUGAAAGAGCAGACACUUACACCUACUUAUAAUGGAAGAACAAAUCUACUGCCUACUUCCUAUGGUAAAUGCUUUCGCUAUUGCCAAGGCCACCUCUUCUCUGCAACUGUCUGAGGCUGUCUGUUCACAACCAUGGUGCUGUGCUUCAUCCCAAAACAAUUAUCUGCACCAUCACUAAGAGCACCGCUUCGCACCAGUGCAGUAUGAUCUCCACAGCUGCCACUGUUCAUGCAGGCCAGCCAUUUAUGCUUCUUAUUUUUAGUUUGGAGAUACAGCGUGGAAACAGGCUCUUCGGCCCACCGAGUCCACACCAACCAGCGAUCACACCCUACACUAGCAUUAUCCUACGCACUAUGGACAAUUUACAAUUUUACUGAAUCCAAUUAACCUAAAACCUGUAUGUCAAUUAACCUAAAACAGGAGCACCCGGAGAAAACCCACAGACAUAGGGAGAACAUACAAAUUCCAUACAGACUUGGCCACAGUCAGGUUCGAACCUGGGUCUGUGGCACUAUAAGGUGGCAACUCUACCAUUGCACACAGUGCCUCCGCUUCUUAUCAUUGAUUUCAAUUGCAUCUAGUUGAAGCUACAGCACUGAUCACUGUGACGUCCCACUAGUUAGUCGCCAAACAAAUAUUUGUCCUGAUUCCUUUGUUAGUUAGCCAAUCCUUUGUCAAGCUAGUAUUUCCCUAACUUCGCUUGCACUUACCUUCAAAGAUUCAAAGGUUUAUCUUAUAAAACAAAUUUUAGGCAUGGAAAAAUGUACAAAAAAUAUUCUUUCCACAAAGAAAUGCUCUGCACUUUUGUGUCCAAAGGCCUUAAAUGCUUGUCAUAUUUGUCUUAUUAGAAGUUAUUUGAUCAAUUAUUAAUUGCAAAGUAACCCACAAGUUUACUAUAUUAUAAUAAUUAUCAGUGAAAGCACAACUUGUAUUUAUAAAGUUCCAGUAAUGUUUUAAUGUUUCCAAGACACCAAAAGAGAGAGAUAUAUUUGGUACCAAAGAGAUCAUUUGAAAGGGACCCAAUGUUGGAAUAAUGUAAAUGGAGAUGUGCAACUACUAAUUCAUGUUCAACAAAGGAAUUAACUAUCGCAAAGCCAUGAGGAUCAAAAUAAAAUGAGAAAAUAUCUGUAUUGAAAUCUUAAUAUUACAAAUAAUGUGAAGAGAAA